GUUGAAAUCCGACUAUUUCAUAACCAAAGUCUGAAAGAAUGGACUUUGGAUGCACAGCAGAAAUAAAUGGUCCCUCGUGUAUGCAUAGUUGGUUUGUUUUUUAAAUCACGGGAAAGUUUUAAAAUUUUCAGAUCAGUCAGUGUUAUUAAUAUGAGCAGCAGAACUGGACCAGAGGACACAAAGAAACCAUUUGUUGAUAAAUAUUUUGAGUGUGCAGAAAACGGGAACAAAGAGGAAUUGUCAUUUUUGCUUAAAUCCACAGUGAAUGUGGAUCAGAGAAACGAGAAAGGUUGGACUGCUUUAAUGUUCGCAGCCAGGCACGGACAGACUGGUGUUAUUGAAACAUUGCUGGAAAAAGGUUGUGAUACAAACAUUGUCAACAAAACAGGACAAACAGCACAAGAUAUAGCGCUCUUCUGGGACCAAAACCUUGCCGCAAAACUGAUAGAAGCCCACAUGAAGGAGGAAAAUCCCGAUCAGCAACUUCGGAAUUUCUUCUCCCUGAACCAUUUGGACAGGGCAUCUGAGAAGAGGAAAGAUAAGGAGUGGUUAAAGGCAAAGAUCAGUGAUGAAACCUCCCAGUUCUUACUGUUGUCAGAACUUAAACCUUUUGUUUUACCUAUAAAGGACAAGACUUCCAAAUGGAGAUACAGACUAUGCUGGCUUGACCACAACAAAAUUUCAUCUCAUUUAACCUCGGACACUGUUAUCUUAUUUCUUGGAAUAGACCACUCAAGUUCUCAAUCCUUAUUUGCUAUCGAUGUAUCCGGCAAAGAGGAGAGUAAAUUUAAGGAUCUGCAGCCGGAGGGUUCGUUCAUGGUGCCUUUUCCCGGCAGUCUCCAGAUGGAGCCUUCUGAUGCCGGGAUCUUUGCGGAGGCCCGGUCUAUGAUGGAUUGGUUGGAGCGAUACAAGUUCUGUGCCACAUGUGGAUCAUCGACCGAUAUCACAGAGGGCGGCCACAAAAGAGUGUGUAGAAAUCAGGAGUGCAAGUCCAAUAAAGGUAUCCACAACACAGCCUACCCUAGAACUGACCCCUCCGUCAUCAUGCUAGUGAUCUCAGCCGAUGGGAAGAGAUGUCUCCUGGGAAGGAAAAAACAGUUUCCUGCCAAAAUGUGGUCCUGUCUCGCUGGAUUUAUGGAACCAGGUGAGUCAAUUGAGGACACAGUGAGAAGAGAGGUGGAGGAGGAGAGUGGAGUGAAAGUAGGUCGUGUGGACUACCACUCCAGCCAACCCUGGCCAUUUCCUGCAUCGCUGAUGCUGGGGACUAUAGCUUACGCCAAGACUGAAGACAUUAAGGUUGAUGAGGAUGAGAUGGAGGAUGCCCAGUGGUUUAGGCGUCCAGAAAUAGUUCAGAUGCUGACCCACCAGCACCCCCAGGGAUUGUAUAUACCUCCAGAGCAGGCCAUAGCUCAUCAGAUCAUCAAAUCCUGGGUCCGAAACACUGCCAGCUCUAAUCUAUAACAAUAAACACUAUAUAGCCUAUAACUUUCACACAGAAUAUUAUUAUAAUACAAGGACAAAUUUUUUGUGUGAGAAUAAAUAUUUUGAACGUCGAGCACCUGUGAUAACUUUUACCUAAUUACAUUUGUAGAUGUGUUGUUUUAGUGACAUUCUAUUUAAGAAAGCUUAAAAUAUGAUGAUUUACAUGACAGAAAUUUUUUUACUGAUACAUAUAUAUGAUGUUGUACAUUUUUAAUUACAUGUAUACUUUUUUUAAUUAACGGGUAUAUAUCAUUAUGCAUAAUUAUACCACAUAAAAUCAAUUGUUUGUUAUAACCAGUAUUAAUAAAUCAGUUUAGUAUAAUAAU